UGUAGACGUGGGGGAGGAGGAUCUAUAUUAACGUCCCCCAACCGUGCCCACCGCACAGCAUCUCCAUCUCUGCAAAUACGACCCGAGUAGUAGAGGCGGCAACCGGACUUCCAAAGAGACGUGGGGCAGCGGCUGUGACCGCAUCUCGGAAGCUACAACAACAGGUCGCCUUUCUGAGACUCCUUUGGCGGGAAGGGCCACUUGGAAAGAGAAGGUUUGAAAGAACUAAAAGGGAAAGGGGAAGUGGGUUCCCUAAUUCGUCAAAAGAAUACCACUGAGUGACUGUCCUUGUUUCCUCUAUCCUACACGUCGCAUACUGACCCCACAUUACCCAGACUGUGUCAGGGUUUGAGAAAGCAAAGACAUCUGUUUGAAGAAAUUGCUGCAUCUGAAGUCACCUGUGUACUUAUUCGUGCCAGUAGUGGCCUGGUCCAGCUGCUAGAAGAGGUUUGGUUAGGUUCUAUUGGGCGUGAUUGUUAGGACAUUGUUUUGUUUUUUUCUGUUACUCCAAAUCCCUGUCUUUGAGGGACACUUGCCCUUCCGAGAACUGUGACUUCAUCAGGAACCCUACCUUGGAAUAAGCGUGAUACCUCUGGACCAGGUUUCCCAGUAGUAUUUUGUUUGACAGGAGGAAGUGGGAGAUUGUGGCUACUUUGACCCACUGGAGAGGCCUGACUGUCCUUCUUGCCUCCACUUCAAGGAACGAUGGCGGCGGGUGUCGCAGCCUGGCUGCCUUUUGCAAGGGCAGCAGCCAUUGGGUGGAUGCCUGUGGCCUCGGGGCCCAUGCCAGCUCCCCCAAGGCAGGAGAGAAAAAGGACUCAAGAUGCUCUAAUUGUGCUGAAUGUGAGUGGCACCCGUUUCCAGACAUGGCAGGACACGCUGGAACGUUACCCAGACACUCUACUGGGCAGUUCUGAGAGGGACUUUUUCUACCAUCCGGAAACUCAGCAGUAUUUUUUUGACCGUGACCCGGACAUCUUCCGCCAUAUCCUGAAUUUCUACCGCACUGGGAAGCUCCACUAUCCUCGCCAUGAGUGCAUCUCUGCUUAUGAUGAAGAAUUGGCCUUCUUUGGCCUCAUCCCAGAAAUUAUUGGCGACUGCUGUUAUGAGGAGUACAAGGAUCGCAGGCGCGAGAACGCGGAGCGUCUACAGGACGAUGCUGAUACUGACAACACAGGAGAGAGCGCGCUGCCGACUAUGACUGCUCGCCAGAGGGUCUGGCGGGCAUUUGAGAACCCCCACACCAGCACGAUGGCCCUGGUGUUCUACUAUGUUACAGGGUUCUUCAUUGCCGUCUCAGUCAUCGCUAAUGUGGUAGAAACAGUGCCAUGUGGGUCCAGCCCAGGUCACAUUAAAGAACUGCCCUGUGGGGAGCGGUAUGCAGUGGCCUUCUUUUGCUUGGAUACAGCCUGCGUCAUGAUCUUCACGGUUGAGUACUUGCUUCGCCUGGCUGCAGCACCCAGUCGUUACCGUUUUGUGCGUAGCGUCAUGAGUAUCAUCGAUGUGGUGGCCAUCCUGCCUUAUUACAUUGGGCUGGUGAUGACAGACAAUGAGGAUGUCAGUGGAGCCUUUGUCACACUCCGAGUCUUCCGGGUCUUCCGGAUCUUUAAGUUUUCCCGCCACUCUCAAGGCCUGCGCAUCCUGGGGUACACAUUGAAGAGUUGUGCCUCAGAAUUGGGCUUCUUGCUCUUCUCGCUCACCAUGGCUAUCAUCAUUUUCGCUACCGUUAUGUUCUACGCAGAGAAAGGGUCUUCGGCCAGCAAGUUCACCAGCAUCCCUGCUGCCUUCUGGUAUACCAUCGUCACCAUGACAACACUAGGGUAUGGUGACAUGGUACCAAAAACAAUAGCAGGGAAGAUUUUUGGUUCCAUCUGUUCGCUGAGUGGCGUCUUGGUCAUUGCUCUACCUGUCCCAGUGAUUGUGUCCAACUUCAGUCGGAUCUACCACCAAAAUCAACGAGCAGACAAACGGAGAGCACAGAAGAAAGCCAGACUUGCCAGGAUCAGGGCAGCCAAAAGCGGAAGUGCAAAUGCUUACAUGCAGAGCAAACGGAACGGCUUACUCAGUAAUCAGCUUCAGUCCUCCGAGGAUGAGCAGGCCUUUGUUAGCAAGUCGGGCUCCAGCUUUGAAACCCAGCACCACCACCUGCUUCACUGCCUGGAAAAAACCACGAAUCACGAGUUUGUGGAUGAACAAGUCUUUGAAGAAAGCUGCAUGGAAGUUGCAACUGUUAAUCGUCCUUCAAGUCACAGCCCCUCUCUCUCUUCACAACAAGGAGUCACCAGCACUUGCUGUUCACGACGACACAAAAAAACCUUCCGCAUCCCAAAUGCCAACGUAUCAGGAAGCCACCGAGGCAGUGUGCAAGAACUCAGUACAAUUCAGAUCAGAUGUGUGGAGAGAACCCCACUAUCUAACAGCCGAUCCAGUUUAAAUGCCAAAAUGGAGGAGUGUGUUAAACUAAACUGUGAACAACCUUAUGUGACUACAGCAAUAAUAAGCAUCCCAACACCACCAGUCACCACCCCCGAAGGAGACGACAGGCCAGAGUCCCCUGAGUACUCAGGAGGAAAUAUUGUCCGAGUGUCUGCUUUGUAAGACAAUGGGAAUCAGGUCUGAGAAUUUGAGCCCUGGAUGUGGAAAGAAUCUCAAUGUGGAAGAAGGAAGAAACAAUAAACCUUUUGCAGAUGAAAAUGGCAAAGCAAGAAGGUUGGUAGUGACACAAAACAACGCUUCCAAACUUGAGGAUGGAAAUAAAACCACCAAAUGGCAUUUCUAGACAGAGUUUGACCUGUUAUACAGAGGAAUAGUCUGUGGCCCUUUG